CGAUGCACGCCGACUCCAUCGACGUCACGCACGUCGCCGGCAGCGUCGACGUCACGGGUCGAACGACAAAGCGAGCGCGCCUGCCGCCUCACCGAGGUUCCACUCAGCCAUGGCGCAGCAGACGAACCGGGCAGCGGGCGACGACGCGCGACUAGACGGAGGUGAUGACGUACAGGCCGAAGAUGGCCUGCUGCGACUGCGCAACCCGCACCUCUCAAAAAUGGCGACCGACCACCUCUACCAUCUGGCCCUGGCCACGGACACGCACGAUCUGCAGCAUAUGUUUGGCGACCUCAAGUUCGUGUGCAUGGGUGGCACCCCGGCGCGGAUGCAACAGUUUGCGCACCUCGUCAAGCGUCGCCUGGGCAUCAAGCUACCGACGGGUGCUGAGCUGUGCGACAUCAGCCACCGGUCGUACCGCUACGCCAUGUACAAGUGCGGGCCCGUGCUCUCGGUCAGCCACGGCAUGGGCGCCCCUUCGCUGUCCAUCCUGAUGCACGAGGUCCUCAAGCUGAUCCACUAUGCGCGCUGCCAGGACGUCGUGCUCAUCCGCAUCGGCACCAGCGGUGGAAUUGGCAUCCCGCCCGGCACCGUGGUGGUCAGCACCGCAGCCGUAAAUGGCCUGCUCAAGGAAGAGGUCGAAGUGCAUAUCCUGGGUGAGGUGGUACGGCGGCCGUGUGUGCUGGACACCCAGCUGGCCAACGAGAUCGUCGCCGUGGGACGCGACUGCAUGGCCGGCACCAACGUGGUGGCCGGGAGGACACUAAGUUCCAACGACUUUUACGAAGGCCAAGCGAGACUAGACGGCGCCAUCUGCCACUACACGGAAGAUGACAAGUUCGCGUUCCUCGAGAGGCUACGUGAGCUGGGCGUCGUCAACAUCGAGAUGGAAUCCUCGCAAUUUGCAGCCAUGUGCCACCACGCCGGAGUCAAAGGCGCGGUUCUGUGCGUCACCCUGCUGGACAGGAUCCAAGGUGACCAGGUGACUGCACCCAAGGACGUGAUGGCCGAGUGGCAGCAGCGGCCACAGGAGCUCGCCAUUCACUUCAUGGCACGUCAGCUGGGCGCCACGCUGUGCGCCUGAACUGUGUGCUACCUCACUUCCGACGCGUGCCUGUACUACCGGCCUUCUGCGAAAACCGUUUAUGCCAAUCUAUACGACGUGGAACACAGUCGCCAUGUCACGUCAAGUCACCCAGAAACAAGGGAACAAUGAAUGUUUAUCUCUACUGAUAUGUAUUGCUGUUGAACGAUGGCGAAUAAUGAGAUUAAAGCUACCGUCGUUGUAACCUAUAAAGAGGUUUG